CGAAGAAAUUCGAAAAUUGAUUCAAUUCACCCGAAGAACAUUGGUGUUGAAGAUGUUAUCCAUGUUGGAAUCACCGCGAGAGGUCCGAUACAUUGAAUUCCGACGUUAUUAACCAAAACAUCGAUCUGACCAUACUCUGCUCCGAUGGAACUUUGAUCUCCUCCACACACACACACAAAAAAAAAAAACUUGGGAUCUUUCUCCAAAUCGAUCAUCGUCCUCUGCGAUCGACUCGUCGCCAUCACUCGAAAUUUAAAAGCUUCUUCGAGUAUUUCUUGCUCUUAUUACACGACGAAUCGUUGUUUUCGCAGCUUUCAGAGACAGAAACGAGUGUGUGUAAAAAAAGUAUGGAAGAUAGAGAGAAUGCAAAGAAGAGACUAGUGUUUGUGACUGUAGGAACAACAAGUUUCGAUGCUCUUGUGAAAGCAGUCGUGACUCAACAUGUUCAAGACGAGUUGCUCAAGAGAGGAUGCACUCAUCUUCUCAUUCAGAUGGGUCGUGGUACCUUUUUCCCAACUAAGUGUGAUGGAGCGGAUGGAUCAUUAGUUGUGGAUUACUUCACAUUUUCCUCAAGUAUCGCAGAUCAUAUUCGAUCUGCAUCUCUUGUUAUUAGUCACGCUGGAUCCGGAAGCAUAUUUGAGACACUAAAGCUAGGGAAACCAUUGAUUGUGGUAGUGAACGAAGAUCUUAUGGACAAUCAUCAAUGUGAAUUAGCUGAAGCACUCGAAGAGAGGAAGCACUUGUACUACACUCGUCCUCACACUCUUCAUCAAACCUUGACGAAAAUGGAGUUGGAGUCUCUGGUUCCAUAUACUCCAGGGGACGGAACCCCUGUUGCCCGCAUC